GAGUGGCCUUAAAUAUCAAUGAAUGGUAAUACCAUUGAUAUUUCCUGUUUUGCCAACAUUGUCCUCAUUGUUAAAUGGAUUAUCGCUAAACAGUUUCUACUGAAAAACUAUGGACGAUAUAUCGUGGAAACGAGUAGGACUCGCAGUGGUGGUUGGUGGUACGGCCGCAAUGGUAGGAGGUCCCGUGGUUGUGUCUGCUCUCGGAUUUAAGGCGGGUGGGAUCGCCGCCGGGUCAGUGGCAGCAAAUAUGAUGUCGUCUGCAGCGAUAGCAAAUGGCGGAGUAAUUGCAGCCGGAAGCACUAUUUCGGUCCUACAGUCGGCAGGGGUACUGGGAUUUUCAGUAAAAUCUUCAGCCCUUAUUGCCGGGGUAGCUGGAGGUGGCACAGCUCUAGUGACUGGCGUCACAAAAGACAGUAACAAUGAAAAAAAUGUAGAUGAUUCAAUUGUGGAUGGGACACGUAGCAAGUCAUUCACGGACGGAACCAGUUACAUCAUGACGAAUGCGACAUCCAUUUUACAGUCGGCAGGUGCACUGGGCUCGUACAUCAAACCUUCGUUCCUCACAACCAAAGUAGCCGGAGAUGGCAGAGCUCUAGAUACCGGCGUUACAAAAGACAGAAACAAAGAAGAAAUAGUAGGUGAUACUAAGUGGAAAUUAAUUGUAGAUGGAAGCAAAUCUGUUAUGGGCGGAGCAAGUGACGUCAUGGCGCGUGCCACACCACUUAUCAGUGGAUGUGUCAAGAGAUCCAGCUCUUUAUGGCCUGGAACUGCCGAAACAGGAGGUGACGUCAAAAAAGAAAAUUGAAAAAAUCUUAAUGGCAUGAAAAAUGCAGAAAAAACUUCUUUGGCACUAUGGAUCAUUUCAUCAUUGUUGUUGCUUGUAUGAACUCCACAUUUACAGCCUGUUGACUGCAAGUUAACUUUACUAUUGAACGAUGUCAUGGAUUUGUUGAGCGUUUCAAUUCACCGCUUUGAACUCAGUUUUGUACACGUGUUGAUGCUUCAGAAUACUGCACUGAAUAGAAAUGGAAAUAUUUUGAAUACAACACGGAUUACUUCAUAUUUAUUGUCCUAGGUUAUGAAAUAAAUAAAUUCAGUACUAUU